UGCACGGACAUUGCCGCCGCCGUUUCGCCAGACGCUUCUCCGCUAGGCUGGGCGUGUUUUGGCCACUGACUCCGCCGAUUGUUGUUCGGUGGUCCGCACAUACACAAUAAUAAUAUUAUGCGUUGAUUACUCAUAACUCGAUUCGAUUUGCGCGUACACACAUAAACACACACACACACUGUCGGGUUAGUUCGGUGCGAACGCUCGCGAGUUUUGUUUUGUUUUGCUUGUCCAUAUAACGAUAUUGUUUUGCGACGUGUAAUCGCAUUUUUGUGGUUUUUCACGGCCGUCGCGUGUUCCGAUAGUAAUAACUAAUAUGCGUUAGACCAAACGCGUCGACGAGGUGUUUGGCGAUACCACUUGAGGUCAACAAUAAUUGGAAACGAGAAACUUCACAGUGAAAAAGUUCACAAAAAAAAAAUAAAAAACAUCCCGCAGGACUCCGACCAUGAAGUCCAAGUGCUAACGUACAUCAGCCGAUUAUGAUUAUGAAAUUUUGAAGAACGGCGACAAAAAAAAAAUUGCUUCAAAAGUAAAAACGUUUUGAGUUUGAAUAUUUCACUUCAGCCAUGUUGGAAGCCAGAUCAAUAGCCGCUGAUCGAGAGUCGGCCACGUGGCAGGGAAAACCCGCAAACGGCAUACGUCCUCCUCCUCACACACCUCAUCAUCAUCAUAUGUCAGCCAUGAGACCAGGUAACAAGUCGAAUCAAGAAGAUAACUGUUAUGUAGUAGCCAAGUAUGAUUAUGUUGCUCAAAGCGCUCAAGAACUAGAAUUGAGGAAGAAUGAGCGCUACUUACUUUUGGACGAUUCAAAACAUUGGUGGAGAGUGCAGAACGCUCGUGGGUUUUCUGGAUAUGUGCCGAGUAACUACGUAAAAAAAGAAAAACCUUCAUUGUUCGACAGUAUAAAAAAGAAAGUAAAAAAGAGCGGUAGCAAUUCGAGCAACGGUAGCAAAACGUUACCGCCCAAUUCCUACCACAACAACGGGCGUACCAUUAGCGAAUCUCCAACGAUGGCGAGACGUCUUCCAGCUGAUCCUUCCGAAGCUAUCGGCACCGCUUUGGUCAAGUACAAUUACCAAGCUCAGCAACCUGACGAAUUGUCUCUAAUCAAAGGAACGCGAAUAUUGAUACUCGAAAAGAGCAACGACGGCUGGUGGAGAGGUCAAAGCGGAUGUAUGGCGGGAUGGUUUCCGAGCAAUUACACCACCCAAGAGGAAGACAACAAUGCCGACGAUCAGGGACUUCAUACGUACGCCAUGGCCGAGAACGUGUUAGACAUUGUGGUCGCAUUGUACCCAUUCACCGGCACGACCGAUCAAGAACUGAGUUUUGAAAAAGGCGACCGUCUGGAAAUACUCGAGAGACCCGCUGCUGAUCCCGAAUGGUACCGAGCCAGAAACGGACAAGGCCAAGUCGGUUUAGUACCAAAAAACUAUUUGCAAGAACUCAGCGAGUACCUAGCUCAGCCGUUGAGUCAAGUAGCCGCUGUUCCUGCCUGUGGUGCCAAAGCCAUGGACAAACCUCACUUGGUCGGAAAACCGUGGUAUUACGGCACGAUAACGCGGUCCCAGUGCGAUACGAUAAUGAACAACGGCGGCCAGGAUGGAGAUUUCUUGGUCCGAGACAGCGAAACUAACGUCGGAGACUAUUCCGUGUCGUUGAAAGCGCCCGGCCGAAACAAGCAUUUCAGAGUUCACGUCGAAGGCGCACUGUACUGUAUCGGCCAACGUAAAUUCCAUACCUUAGAUCAACUCGUCGACCACUAUCAGAGGGCUCCGAUUUAUACCAACAAGCAAGGAGAAAAAUUGUUUUUGGUGAGGCCGCUUCCUCGAGCGGCAACUUCGUCUUAAAAUAAGAACUAACGACUGAUAUAAUAUUGUGGUGAUGCGGAGCAAUAUUUGGAAAACAAUCAAUUUUCAAUCGAGCAACGCUUAUUAUUAAGAUAAAAAAAAACAAAAAAAUCCAGGUAUUAAUAUGAAUAUUGUCAUGUUAAGAUGUAUUAAUUAUCCAGUUUUUUUUUUCCUUAGUAUCAUUUAAUAGACUAGUCAUGUAGGUAAAUGUUAUAGUCGAGAAUAAAAGGCCUUUCUUUUCUUUCGUCUUUAUCGAUUAUAUAUUUUGUAAUUAUUAACUUCUUUGCGACGUAGCGUGUCGUUGUCGACAAUAUAUCAUUUGUGUUUUCUUUCAUUGGUCGUGUCGUGUACAAUUUAUUCUUAUUGGUCCUGUCAUUAACUAUAACUCUCUAAGUAUUUCUUUUAGUCAUCUUACGACGUUUGUACGUGUGUCGAUGAGCAAACUAAACACAUCCGAUAGAAAAACCCGUAUUUUAAUUUAUUACAAUCAUUUUUUUUUUUUUUCUAAAUAAAUUAUCCUCAAACAACUUGUUGCCUUGCUCUUAUUUCUAUUCAUAAUCUGCUGUGAAAAUGUGAUAAAACGGAUUUGUAUUGAUAUAUAUAUAUUUAUAUAUUUUUUUUUUUUUUUUACUUUGACUUUUGUAAAAUUAAAUACUUUUGUAAGGAUCAAAAUACGAAUAUUAUUAUCUCACGGUUAUAUCGUGGUGUACUGUGUAUUAUAUAUAUAUAUUUUUUUUUUGUAAAUAAUUUUGUGUUAAAUAAUUGACAGCUACAUCAGGUGUCGUCGCGUUCUACUCGAGUUUAAAUAUUAUAUCAUAAUAUGUUUCGUUCAUUAGCUUUGUAAAAAAAUAAUAGUAAUAUAAUAUUUAUCAAAAUAUUAAAACGGGUUUUGAGGUUUUUUUUUUUCUACGAUAACAUAUUUCUAAUUAUAUUAUUCUCAUUUGAUUUUUAAACUAAUGUAAACCUAAAGUAAUAAUCUUUGUAGCAGUUGUUCGGCUAUUAUUAUUAUUAUUAUUAUCACUAUUAUUCUAUAAUAUUAUUAAACGUAACUUUAUAACGAAAAAAAAAAUAAACUAUUAAUUACUAGUCAUAAUUUUUAAAACACACUCGUGUUGUAUGUAAAUGGCUUUAAAUAAUAUAAUUUAAUAACCACAUUUUGUUAUAAUUUAUAAUAUACGCAAACCAAUGUACAUCACCUCUGUUAGUAGUAACGUCGUCUAAGGUAUAAUUUUACGCAAUACAAUAGCUAUACUUACUCUGUACAAACGUAGUCCAGUAUAUUAGUUGCUACGUCGCAGAUCUCAUAAUAAUUGUACGAAUGCUGUCAAAAGUAGUGUUUUCUUGACGAUCCGACACUGACUCGCUGUAAAAAACGAUUGCGUCAAUUUCUGACGUCUUGUAGGAGAAUUAAAGAACCGUCUUACCGCGUUGAAGAAACGUCGGAGUUAUUUUUUUCCACCUUGGUUAACGUCAACAUUUUUAAUAUUAUUAUGUUACCCCACCCUCUCCGACAACGUAACAUUAUCAUUUGUAGGUUUCAUUAUUAUCAUAACAUUUUUUUUUUGUUAUUUUUCAUCGUCUUUCCAUAUAUUAUGUGCGUAUACACAUUUGUCGAGAACGAAAAACGCCCAAGUAUCGUUCUCGUUCGUCCUAUGUUUAUAAUAUAAUUAUUUAAUAAAAAAAAAGUGUACAGUUUGUGUAUUCGAAUAUCGACCCGACGUAUUCUUGACCCGUACAGAUGUUGUUUUUUUUUUGUAAAAGGAUCGAUAAAAUUAACUUUAGGAUUAACAUUUUUUUGUACGCGUUUAAUUCGUUAGCUGUAAGUAAACAAUUGUAUAACGUUUUCUUUAUAAUUUUUAUAUAAGUAUUUGUUUAAUGAACAAAUUUUUUUUUUUUGUGAACUAAAUUAUAAAAAAAAAUUGUACUUCUCUUUAUAUGUGUAUAUAUAUUUAUAGAGUAUAUACAUAUAUGUAUAUUUAUAGAAUUACACACCAUGACCUAAUAUCAGAAUAUUUUAAGAAUUUUUUUGUAUACUUACGACAACCUAUUGUGCAAAGUAAAACCCAGCAAGUAACGGAUAAGUAUUGUUUUCUGUCAAAGUAUAUUCUGACCGAUAUGUAUAAGAUAAUAAUACAUAAUAUAAU